CCUCGUCAACAUCCUGCAGGAUUCCCGGAUCGUUCACGCGAGGCUCACGUCGCUGGGAGACGACCAUCUCCUUCCUAUCCUUUUUUGCACCCAUUCACACGCUCUCACAGUCACACCUCGACUCCUUGUUGCAGCCUCCUCUUUUUCCACAAAGCCCAAAAUGAAGUCCUUGACUAAUGUCCUCUCCCUGGCUCUGGCCCUGAGCACUCAGGCCUCAGCCUGGGCCAUCCCUUCAUCCUACGCUUCUAGGGCUCUGUCACUGGUGCCCCGCCUGGACAUCAACGAGAUCCUCGCCCUCAUCACCGAGCUCUUCCCUGUCGACGUCACCCUCGAAGACGCACAGGGCCUCAUCGAAGCUGGCGAUGAGGCAUUGGCCCUCGCCCUGGGCUACUCGACCACCUAUAAUGACCUGACCGAUGGCGAAUGCGCCGAUGUCACCCUUAUCUUCGCCCGCGGCACUGACGAGCCGGGCAAUGUGGGCGCCCUGGUUGGCCCGGAGUUCUAUUCGGCACUGCAGUCCGCCCUGGGAAGCACCACGUCCAUCUUUCAGGGUGUCAACGACUAUGAUGCCUCUGUCACUCAGUAUCUCGAGGGUGGCAGCACCACCGCGGCGUCAGACAUGGCUACCCUUGUGACCCAAGCGUUCACUCAAUGCCCAGACACUCAGGUCGUCAUGAGUGGAUACUCGCAGGGCGCCCAGGUUGUCCACCUCGCCGCCUCUGAUCUGGCUGCCGCGACUAUGGAGAAGGUCAGCGCUGUUGUCACCUUUGGCGACCCAGAUAGCGAUACUGCCGUGGCCAACAUCGACUCAAGCAAGGUCCUCAUUAUCUGCCAUGAGGGUGAUGAUAUCUGCGAUUUUGGGGAUCUGAUCCUGCUUCCGCACCUGACGUACGCCGAGAAUGCGACGGCGGCUGCGGCCUUUGUGGUCGAGCAGCUGUGAUUGAAAAGAGGGAACAUAAGAACUCAUUACUCUGCUUCAAAUUUUUUUCGAAAGAAAGAAAAACCCCACCAGCAAACCCAAAACGCAAGAUGGGGGGUAUUCGUAAAUAGUUAUGGUUAUGACACAAUUGCCGAUAACAAGGCCAGCUUAGGCUGUAUGAAUAACGAGAUACUUCUUCAUAUGAUCAAGUAAGACUGAGAAUCAACUUUCAAGCGUGGACAUGUCAGUCUACC